AUGCAGUCAAAUGUGACUCUGAAUCCAGACACAGCUCAUCCCAGCCUCGUCCUGUCUGAGGAUCAGAAACAUGUGACAUGUGGAAAUACACACCAGCAACUGCCCAACAACCCUGAGAGAUUUAACUUUUGGCCCUGUGUGCUGGGCCAUGAGGGAUUCACCUCCAGGAGACAUUCUUGGGAGGUGGAGGUGGGGAAUUCUGGUGGGGGUGGGGAAUUCUGGUCUGUGGGGGUGGCCAGAGAGUCUGUGAGCAGGAAGGGAUUGAUCAGCCUUAGCCCUGAGGAGGGGAUCUGGGCUGUGCUCUGGGGGGGUCAGUUGCAGGUUUAUGCCUCCCCUAUGACACUCCUUUCCUUGAGCCAGGCCCCCCACAGGAUCCAGGUUUGUCUGGACUGUGACUGGGGGCAGGUGACAUUUAUCGAUGCUGGUGCCGAGGCCCCGAUAUUCACUUUCCCGUUGGGCUGCCUCUGCCUCUCUGGGGAGAGAAUCCGACCCUGGAUCUGGGUGGGGUUGGGAUCCCAGCUCAGCCUGUGUCCCUGA